AAAAAUCCCCACAUUUUCUUCAUAUUAAUACUAGAGUUCUAAAAAAAAUUCUGGGUCAUUGUUAAAUUUUUUAUUUAAUCCAAAUUACUUAAAACUAACUAAAAGCGAUGGAAAAUCCUCCAUUGCAACAGCCAUUAAAGAUGCUAGCUCCGCCACUGCCGCCCCCGCCACUACCACCCCACCAAAACAUCCAACCACCAAACUUAAACUUGGACAGCAAAAUCAGUCCAAGUAUAAUCCUAAUCAUAAUAAUCCUAGCAAUAAUAUUUUUUGUAUCUGGGUUAUUACACCUUGUUGUUAGAUUUCUAUUAAGGCCAAAUCAAAGAGACCCAGAUGAAUUUGCAGAAAGUGUGACAGCACUUCAAGGCCAAUUACAACAACUAUUCCAUUUACAUGAUGCUGGGGUUGACCAAUCUUACAUUGAUACACUCCCUGUUUUUCAGUACAAAGCAAUUAUCGGUUUAAAAGACCCUUUUGAUUGUGCUGUUUGUUUGUGUGAGUUUGAGCCUGAUGAUAAGCUUCGUCUUUUGCCCAAAUGUAGCCACGCUUUUCAUGUCGAUUGCAUUGAUACAUGGCUUCUUUCUCACUCGACCUGCCCGCUCUGUCGGGCGAGCUUGUUGCAGGAUUUCGGGGCGCCAACGACGAAUUCCGCCCACGGGUUUUCGCUCUCGCCUGUCGUUUGUGUGCUUGAAUCGGGGAGUAACACGGUGGAGAGCUCCAGGGAGCUGGAGAGGGAGGUUGUCGGGUCGGGGUUAAAUCGGGAUGAGUUCGGGUCGAGUCGGAGUGAUUUAGUAAAAUCGAAUGAGAAUGCAGAUGAUAUUGCUGUGAAAAAAGAUGAUAAGAUUGUUACGGUUAAGUUGGGGAAGUUUAGGAAUGUGGAAGGAGGUGAAGGAAGUAGUGACAGUAUUGUUACUAAUAAUAGUAAUAAUGAUCAAAACUACAAUAACAAUAAUAGUAGUGGGAGUAAUAAUUUGGGAUCAAGGAGGUGUUAUUCAAUGGGAUCAUUUGCUUAUGUUAUGGAUGAAACGACGUCGUUACAAGUACCAAUACGAACACCGGCGAAGAAGGCAAGUAAUAGUCGGAAUAAGAGUAAGGGUGGUGGUGCUAAGGUUGCGUAUAGAGGCGCAAUGUCGGAGUAUGGGUGCGAUUCUAGGAGAGAGUUCAAUGGGAUUGAGGCAUUCCGAACACUUGAGAUUCAUGGGAAUAAUAGUAACAAUAAUGUUGGGAGUAGUAGUAGUAGUAGUAGUAUUAAGAAGGAAAGUUUUUCGUUUUCGAAGAUUUGGUUAAGAGGUGGUGGAGAAAAGAAUAAGAAAUUAGGUAACAUGAACGGGAAUCAUGGGAAUCCGCGAAGUGGUAAUUUGAACGUGAAUGGGAAUGGGAAUGGGAAUGAGAUCGAUCGAUCCUCAAGGAGGACUACUUCGGAGUUUGAGAUUGAUGUGAGUGAAUUAGGGAUUGAUGAAGAAACUCAAAGUUGUUAUAGUGUUGAUUCAUUAGCAAAUCCAAAUACUACAUCUUCAUCUACAAGAAGAACAUUGAUGUGGCUUAUGGGAAGACAAAACAAGAUUGUUCAUAAUCAUUCUUCCUCUUUCUCAUCCAAUAUUUAGUGUAAUCUGAUUUUCACUUCUUGUUUUUCAAAGGUAAAUUUCUAUAUGCUACAUUUCUACUAGUGUUUUUUUUUUUUUUUUUUUUCAGAUUUUGGACAUGAAAAAUAGGAUGGUGAUUUUCUUUUUUUAAAGAAAAAAAAAAAGAAUUGGAAUUGGCGUGAUAUACAAAUUUUUGUGCAUGUGAUUGAUAAACUAAACACCUUUUUUUUUUAGUGAGAAGGAAUAGAUUGGAAUGUUCAUUUUGCAGUAUAUAUAAAGUUGAUUAUUUUUUUGGCUUCGA